CCGAAUACCAGAGCAGUGUCCAGGAGAAACUGCCACUCAUCAUUGGCUCCUCUGCGGCAGGACUGGUGUUCCUCAUUGCUGUGGUCGUCAUCAUUAUUGUGUGCAACAGAAGACGUGGCUUUGAGCGCGCAGACUCUGAGUACACCGACAAGCUGCAGCACUACACCAGUGGCCACNNGACUCCAGGGAUGAAGAUUUAUAUCGAUCCAUUCACCUACGAAGAUCCCAAUGAGGCUGUCAGGGAAUUUGCAAAAGAAAUCGAUAUCUCUUGUGUCAAAAUUGAGCAGGUGAUUGGGGCAGGGGAGUUUGGUGAGGUGUGCAGUGGGCAUCUCAAGCUUCCUGGUAAAAGAGAGAUCUUUGUGGCCAUCAAGACCCUGAAGUCUGGUUACACGGAGAAGCAGAGACGGGACUUCUUGAGUGAAGCCAGCAUCAUGGGGCAGUUUGACCACCCCAAUGUCAUCCACCUGGAGGGAGUGGUGACCAAGAGUUCACCAGUCAUGAUCAUUACUGAGUUCAUGGAGAAUGGCUCACUGGACUCCUUCUUACGGCAAAAUGAUGGGCAGUUCACAGUCAUCCAGCUGGUGGGCAUGCUGCGGGGCAUCGCGGCAGGCAUGAAGUACCUGGCCGAUAUGAACUACGUGCACCGGGACCUGGCUGCCCGCAACAUCCUGGUGAACAGCUACCUGGUCUGCAAAGUUUCUGACGUUGUCCUCUCUCGUUUUCUGGAGGAUGACACCUCUGAUCCUACCUAUACCAGUGCACUGGGAGGGAAAAUCCCAAUACGGUGGACAGCACCUGAGGCAAUUCAGUACCGAAAAUUCACAUCGGCCAGUGAUGUGUGGAGCUAUGGAAUAGUCAUGUGGGAGGUGAUGUCGUACGGCGAGCGGCCUUACUGGGAUAUGACCAAUCAAGAUGUGAUAAAUGCUAUUGAGCAGGACUAUCGGCUGCCACCACCUAUGGAUUGUCCAAAUGCCCUGCACCAGCUAAUGCUUGACUGCUGGCAGAAAGAUCGAAACCACAGACCCAAAUUUGGGCAAAUUGUCAACACCUUAGAUAAAAUGAUCCGAAAUCCUAACAGCCUGAAAGCCAUGGCACCUCUUUCCUCUGGGAUGAACCUGCCCCUACUUGACCGCACAAUCCCAGAUUAUACCAGCUUCAACACUGUGGAUGAAUGGCUGGAUGCCAUCAAGAUGAGCCAGUACAAGGAGAGCUUUGCCAGUGCUGGCUUCACCACCUUUGAUGUAGUAUCUCAGAUGACUGUAGAGGACAUUCUGCGAGUUGGGGUCACUUUAGCAGGACACCAGAAGAAAAUUCUGAACAGUAUCCAGGUGAUGAGAGCACAGAUGAACCAAAUUCAGUCUGUGGAGGUUUGAUAGCUACGUGUCCUCCUACUCCUCUUCCUUGAGGCCCUGCUCCCCUUUGCCCCUGUAUGUCUGAACUACAGUUCUUGAGUGUUCUACAUGGACCAGAGACAGGCAGCUGCUCUGAGGAUCAUGGCAACAGGAAGAAAUGCCCUAUAAUCAGCAGUGAGAAGUUGCUAAGAGCUUCUAGAAUUUAAGCAAUGGAAAAAGGGAA